GCAGUUUUCACAAAGGAGAAGUGACUCGGUGCACGCUGGACUUUAAACUGAAGAUAAGAGUCUGGAUCCUCCUGUGAGGCUGCUGAUCCUCUGCUCAGUCCUUCAGACACCUGAGCUGCUCAGGUUCAGGAAAGCUCGGCGUCUGUCCAAACAUGAAGCAGUCCUUACUCCUCCUGAGCGUGUGGCUGGCCUCUGCGUCCUCCUGCUCUAAUGGGAUGUUCAGCUGCGCGUCUGGAGAAUGUCUUCCAGUUCAGCUCGCCUGUGAUUUUCAGACGGACUGCCCCGACGUCUCUGAUGAAGAUCUUUGUGGCUCCUGUGAUUUCGAGGAAGACUCUUGUGGCUGGACAAAUGGAAGCGACUCCACUUUUCACUGGAGGCGGCAGAUGGCGAAUAUCACCACCACACCUGGUCAAGACCACACCACAGGAAGUCCAUGGGGGCGUGUCAUGUACUUACCUGCUGUAGAGGGGAGUGGCUUCUUCCACAAGGCACAUCUGGAGUUCUGGGUGGCCCAUCCAGCUGGUCUGGGAUGCCAGAUGAGCUUUUGGUUCUACAUUUACGACAGCGAGUCAUCACCGUUGUCCUCCACAGACCUCAGAGUACAGAUAGUGAGGGAUGCUGCAGAGACAGAUUUACUGAUCAUUGACAAAAAAUACACGAGCAGUUGGGAGAACGCCACCGCCUUCAUUGGAAACCCGCCAGGAGGGUACAAGCUGCGGUUUUCAUACAACCCAUCAUUCAUGGAUACCAAAGAGGUCAUGCUGGAUGACAUCACGUUUGAGAACUGCGGACAGGAAGACAUCCCCGGCGGGUCGGAGCGCCUGACCUGCGACUUUGAACAGGACACCUGCUCAUGGUACCACGACUACUCAUCCAGUCUGCUGUGGGACAGGAACAACGGCAGGUUUGAAGACGUGUCUGGAAAUGGCUACUUCAUGUUAGUAAAGGCCAAAUACAACACAGACCCGUCAUCAGUGGCCAGACUCAUGAGUUUCCCUCAACCUGGAGGUCAAACAAUAUGUGUGAGCUUCUUCUACCUCAUCUUUGGAAACAGCAUCGGUUCUCUGAAGUUUAUCACGAAGCGCUCUGGUGAAGAAGAAACGGUUGUGUGGAUGAGGAGCGGCACCCAAGGGAACAAAUGGCGAUUUGCAGACCUGACCUUCACCAGUGACAAACCAAUACAGUUCGUCAUUGAAGCUGUGGUGGGGGGAGAACAGGGGUACAUCGCCAUGGAUGACAUUGUGGUGUCCGGCAGCGUGGACAGUUCUUGUCCUCCAGAGAGAGAGUGCAGCUUCCAUGGCUCCCUGUGUGGGCUGCUGCCCCAACCCUCUGCAGACUUCCACUGGAACCGGAUCACCGGGGCUUCCCAACCGGGCAACUCCUCCGGCCCCACAGCAGAUCAUACACUUGGGACAGAACAAGGGUACUACCUGAGUGCUGAGCUGUGGAGGUACCCUGAGGGGUCCAGAGGUGCAAUGAUGACAGCGGUGAUGGAGCCCACCCCCCCUGACGGGGAAUGCCUGACGUUCUGGUAUUACAUGGAGGGGGCAGACGUGGGAGAACUCAGUGUUCUCCUUCAACCUGCAGACAGUCACGGAAACGGCAGCAGACUGUGGACCAAACGAGGAGAUCAGGGGAGGCACUGGAGGCACGGGAGAGUGACGCUGCUCAGGCCUGACACUCAGUUCCAGGUCAUUUUUGAGGCGAAAGCAGGCGGUGGACCGAAAAGAGACGUCUCCAUCGAUGACCUCAUCUUCGUGAACGGCGCCUGUCCUCCAGCUGGUUUCUGUGACUUUGAGAUGGACUUCUGCGGGUGGGUUAACAAUCCACCCCCAGAAUCCGGAGAGGAGUGGGACUGGCUCUCAGGUGAGAGUGAAGGUCGCUUCGUUCCAGGACAAGACCACUCCACAGGCUCCUCUUUGGGUCACUUUGCAAUAUUCUCCAGUCAGGAAUCUUCUCCUCAUGGAAAAAUAGCCCAGCUGGAGAGUGAAUCGAUGGACGCUGUAGAACGGGCCUGCCUGGAGAUCUGGCAUUUUGCUGAGGGUUUUGGAGCCUUGCAUAAACCGUCGGACAUCACGCUGACAGUCUUAAUCAGUGACGGCGGCGAGCUGCGUCCGUUGUGGAAAACCAGCGGUUUCGGAAACAACUCCUGGAUCCCAGACAGGGUGGACUACAGCGCGUCAGGCCCUCACCAGAUCAUUUUACGAGCCAACUGUCCGGCGAAAGAAGUUGGAGGUUUUGCCGUGGACGACGUCCACAUCAUCAGGGGCAGGUCCUGUGAUGAAACCACCCCGACCACCACACUAACGCCCCCCACCACAACCACCGCAGCCCCCCCGUCUGACAUGGACUGCAACUUUGAAAAAGGCUUGUGCAGGUGGAUCCAGGAGGUCGGGGAUGAUGCAGACUGGACUCUUCAUUCAGGGCUUCAGGUGGAGGAUCCCUGGGAUGGUCCUCAUUAUGAUCACACACUUGGGAAUAAUCAAGGUGUCUUCUUACUGCUGAACGGAUCGGGUUUGAAGGACGCUGAGAGAGCCGCCGUCUCGGUCCCGGCCCUCACUCUGCAGUCCCAAACCUGUGUGGACUUCUGGUACUACAUGCUCGGGCCUUCAGUAUCCAGCCUGGAUCUGCUACUUCAGACUAACUCCUCUGAGUUGUUGGUCUGGACUCGUCACGGAACCCAAAACCCAGAAUGGACGAACGCAAGACUCACCAUCGAUAUGAAGGACAGUUUUAAGAUAACAUUUACUGGUCACAGAAACACACUAAGCUGGGGCUUCAUCGCUGUUGAUGAUGUCACAGUGAGAGGCGGAGCCUGCAGUAAUCUGAACGUGUGUGGGUUCGAUUCCGACUGGUGUGGCUUUGAAAACAGUGUCAGUCAGCGGGGGCACUGGGGCCGCAGGAAGGGGGCCGAGCAUCAAGUGGAUCACACCUAUGGAACAGAACAGGGUUUCUACAUGACCAUUUUAAGCGCAAACACCACUCAGCCUGAAGUAGCAGAUCUGCUUUCUCCAAUCUUCUCCUCUUCUGCAGAGAUGUGUGUGCGGUUCUGGUACUGGUUACCUGCAGAUCCUUCGAACAGCCUCACGGUUCAUGUGCAGCGAGGCGGUGAGUCGGGCGACGCCCUUUGGCAGCGGCCGGGGUCGCCCUCUACAGGCUGGGAGGUGGCAGAGGUCACCGUGUCUUCUCCUGCAACAUUUUAUGUGGCGUUUAGAGCCUAUCAUGUUCCUGACACCAGUGACUCCGUGAAAAUAGAUGACGUCUCGUUUAAAAACGGAGCCUGUAGUCCUGCAGGCAGCUGUGACUUCGAGUCUGGACAGUGUACUUGGGUCAACAUCCACAAAGACGCUGGACAUCAGUGGGUCUUGGCAAGUGGAGGAUCACACGGUCCACCUACGGAUCAUACCACUCAUACCCCAGAGGGUCAGUUUUUAUUGAGUUUAUCACAGCAGCACGGCUCUGUGGCUCAAGUCGUUUCUGAAUGGAUUGGAGAAAAAACAGCUUCCUGUUUCACCUUGUGGUACCACAUGGAAAACAGCGCCUCGGGGUCCCUGCGGGUCUUCAUACGUUCAGGUCCGUCGGAUCAGACUCUGGUCUUCCACAGCAACAGCAGUGGGAGUCGCUGGAGCAGAUUCUCUCAGACUCUGAACACGUCCAGCCUGUUCCAGUUUCUGAUCGAGGCAGAGUCAAACGGCGGCGGCUUUGUUGCAGUCGAUGACAUCAGUCUCACACCGGGCAUCUGCAAACACAAUGAAACCACCUCAGGGUUCGAGGGCUGCUCAUUUGAAAACGGGACGUGUGGAUGGGAGGACGUCAGCAGCGGCCAGUACAAGUGGGCGAGAGGCAGAAAUGCUACUGGGAGCGCUGGGCCCCCUGUGGACAACACGCUGGGCACCAAGGAGGGAUGGUACAUGGCUGUGGAGCCUCAUCGUGGAGAACAUGUGAGCGCCGCCUCAUUGCAGAGUCCCGUCAGCCGACAGGCCAGCUCCACCUGCACGCUGCAUUUCUAUCAAAACACGUAUGGAGAGGACGCAGAGCUCAGGGUUCUGCUGAAGGACGCCUCCCACACCACCACGCUCUGGUGGCUGUCUGGUAACCAUGGAGACGUAUGGCAGCACGAAGAGGUCCUGGUGGGCCGCGUCCCCACGGACUUCACCCUUCUGUUUGAAGCUUCCAGAGACUUCAACCAACUGGGCCACGUUUCCAUCGAUGACGUCUCCUUCUCCAGCUGCGCCCUGCCUGAGGCCCAACCUCAGUGUCCGGACGGCGUGUUCACCUGCAGCAACAGCGUCUGCGUGGACCCCCAGCAGGUCUGCGACUUCAGCGACGACUGCGGGGACAGGUCGGAUGAGAACCUCUGCGACAACCUUGAGCGCUGCGACUUUGAAGAAGGUUUAUGUUUCUGGGAGAGGAGUGAAGUGGACACCCCUGCAGCUGACUGGACACAUCAUAGCGGCGAGGAAGCGUGGCCCGACCGCGGACCCCCCCGGGACCACACCCGAAACUCCGCUGCAGGUCACUACGUCGCCCCUCCCACCCACCUGACCCUGAAGGGCCAGGCCGCUGAGAUCCUCUCCAGGACGUUGCUGCCCAGCUUCAACUGCACUCUGAGGUUCUUCUUCUUCUGCAUGGACGCCGCCGCCGGCAGGCUGACGGUGCAGUCCAGGACUCACGGAUCCGGCAGCGGCGACGGCGAGCUGUGGCUCAUGGAAACCUCCCCCAGCUUCGGCUGGCAGAGGGUGCAGCUCACGUUCUCCUCUGCAGCCAGCAGCAAGAUUGUCUUCAGGUAUGAAUUCAGGGAGGAGUCCAGAGGUCUGGUUGCUCUCGAUGACGUCUCCUUCUCUAAAGAAUGCACAUUUGAUCCCGACAACAACCAUCUACCUGAUGCUUCGUCCACACCUCCACCAUCUGACACGCCCACCCCUUCAACUUCCCCCGUGGAUCCCUGUCAGGACGGGGAAUUCUUCUGCCACCUGUCAGACGGGAACGUCUGCAUCUCUGCCGCUUUGAAAUGCGAUUAUCAGCCGGACUGCCCCCAAGGAGAAGACGAGGCCGUCUGCGGUCCGUGCACGUUUGAAAGGGAUCAGUGCCAGUGGACCGACAGCAGCGAGGGCCCGGGCGCGUGGCGGCGGCUGAAGGCCAGCAACAGCACUGCGCCUCCAGCAGAUCACACCACAGACUAUGGCUACUUCAUGACGGCAGAUGUCAGUCAGGGAUCCAACGUGAGCGAAGCCCGACUCCAGAGUCCUCUGCUCCCCCCAUCAUCCCCCUUCUGCCUGAUUCAGUUUCACUUCCACAUCAGCGCAGAGAGCGCUGGGUCACUCAGAGUGCUUAUGCAGCAAGCUGGGGGCGGUGAAGCAAUCCUGUGGUCACGCAGUCACAACACCGUCUCCCACUGGACCCCGGAGCAUCUGCCCGUAGGCCUGCAUGAGCAGCCGUACAAGGUUUGGUUUAGCAGCACAAAUAAAGAAACAACGGAGCUCCACGCCGCUGGGGGGGCUGUUGUUGCCGUGGACGACAUCUCCUUCCUUAACUGUGAAAAAACAUACCAGUCACCAGCUCUGUCUUCCUUCAGCUGUACUUUUGAUGAUGGGAUGUGCGGCUGGAUGCAGGGAGCCGAGGAUGAGCUGGACUGGCUGAGCAGGUCCGGCCCCACAGAGACCCCCAACACCGGGCCCGCGGGGGACCACACCACCGGCAAAGGGAAAUACCUUCACAUCAAAAGCUCGCAUCCUAGUUUGAAGGGAAGCAGAGCUCAGUUAAAGUCUGCAGUGCUGCCACCUGCUGGUAAAGAUGGGUACUGCUUCACUCUGUGGUACCACAUGUUUGGAGCGACUGUGGGAGACUUGAAGAUCUUUCUGCGAACAGUCGACACUCUGGAGGAAGAACUGAUUUGGCAAAAGUCAGGAAGCCAAGAGGACGAGUGGCUUCUGUCUCAGACUCACGUGACCCUACAGAGAGCCCACCAGGUGAUUCUGGAGGCCACGGUGGGGGGGCAGGCUGGAGACAUAGCAAUGGACGACAUCGCUUUCGUGGAGGGGCUGUGUCCUGCUUCUGAUUUGUGUGACUUUGAAGAUGGGAGCUGCAACUGGCAACAAGACAUAACCGAUGACUUUGACUGGGUCAGGCAGUCAGGCCACACCCCCAACCCCAACACAGGACCAGAGAGCGACCACACCACCAACACGGCGGCGGGACAUUACUUCUACCUGCCCUCCUCUGCUGGCGACCAAGCGGGACAGAAAGCGUUGAUGUUCUCCCCCCUUUACCCAGCAGGAAAGGCGUCCUGUGUGCAGCUGUGGUACCACAUGAACGGCAGAGGAGUGGGGACGCUCAAUGUUUACCAGCAGAGCGAAGACCAGAAGACGGUGGUGAUCUUCUCCCAAACGGGGGACCAGGGUCGUCUGUGGAGGUUUGCUCAGGCCUCCCUUCUCCCCCGAGUGCAGCCUUACAGGGUUGUGGUGGAGGGCGUGAAGGCGGGUCCCACCACAGACGGGGACAUGGCCUUUGAUGACGUGCAGCUGACAGACGUUGUCUGUCCUCCUCAUGGCUUCUGUGACUUUGAGAGCUCUUUCUGUGGGUGGACCAACCUCGGUGGAGACGUCGAUCAGGGCGACUGGCUCCGUGGGGCUGGAGCUUCUCCAAAUCCCCACACUGGUCCCACUGUUGAUCACACCACCAACUCCAUUCACGGUCACUACGUUUACGUGGACAGCUCGGUGGGGGAAUGGGGAGACAUGUCCUUUCUGAUCAGUGACGUGUUCCAGCCGUCCACCAGAGGUCACUGCCUCACCUUCUGGUACCACAUGUACGGCAGCUCGGUGGGGACCCUCAGAGUUUACCUGAAUGACAGGAAAAUGAAUGCUGGAGGAAAUGAAGAAGGACUUCUGAAAUGGAUCGAAACUGGAAACAAAGGAGACCAGUGGCAGCAGGCAAACGUGUCUAUUCAACACCAGGAGGCAUUCUGGUUUGUGUUUGUCUAUCAGCGGGGGAAGGCUGCAGGUGGAGAUGUUGCUCUUGACGAUAUCGCCAUCAUUCCCAGCGAAUGCUAUGCAGAGCUUCCCAUCAAACCGUCUGAUAAAAACCACUCGCUGACCGUCGGCCUUGCGGUGGGUCUGACUCUGCUGGUUGGACUCAUCAUCGCUGUUGGUCUCUACUUCCUGAACCGAAACCAGAAGAUUAUGCCAACAGUCAUGACAAAUGAAGAGACUGUUAGCAACGUGAUUGACCUCUGCGGCAGCAACACGGAGGACACACUUCACAGCCCAGGAGUCCACAUUUCCUUCGACAACAUCCUUUAUGAUCCGUCACCGAGCCACUCUGAAACCUAGCCUGACGCUGCCUGGUCUGAAACAGAGAAGAAUGUUUGUUUUCACCAAAGUUUGAUGAUAAAAACUUCACUUUUUCAUGUGACGUUUUUCUUGAAUGUAAAAAGAAGCUUCAUAAUAAAGUUAUGUAUUUUA